AUGGUUGAAACAGUGAAAAAUGAAUCGCGACGAGCAGAAAAAGAAGAAAAAAUUCCUUAUGAACAGCUAAAAGAGACGAGAAACGCGAAAUAUAAGGCUUACAAAGAACGCGUCGAAAAAGCGAUCAACGAGGGAAAGAUUUUUCGCAUCAUCAGUACGAUGAAUGUCUCGCGAAUUGCUUCUGCGUUGCGACAUCGCGGAUAUAUCGAGACAAUUCCUCAUACGUGGAACAAUAAAUAUUAUCGGAUGUCGAAUCGAGAACUUUUAGACAAAGCUGCGGAAGGAAAUAUGUACGAGACGUGCCUUUUGUCGAAACUUAUCGAUGGUUUUUUGCCAAAUUACAUGUGGGUUGUGCAACCGCGAUUGUACGAAGUGCACAAAAACGUCCAAUUCAUGAACAAAAUUUACAUCGAAGAAGCUUUCGAUUGGGGAUUCAAAGACGGGAUGUGCAAAUGCAUGUCGAUGAUCAAAGAAAAGUCCGGGGAAGAUGUCGUCAAUAAAUAUUACAGUCGAAGUUACACUUUAGUUGGAUGCGAGGAAAUUAACGAAUUUAAUCGAGAUUAUCGCUUGACAGUCGCAAUUAGUUUGAUUAAAUUUAUUUUGGCGCAAAAAGAUCCGAAAGACGUCUUUGCUGCGGAUUACGGAAAAGUUCGACCAAAUGUAAUUAAUUUCGCACUAAGUGUCAUUUACGAAGAAAUUAAUGCGAAAAAAUCGAAUGGAAGCGUCACUUAUCUUGAUGGAUCGGAUUAUAAUGAGCUGCGAUGGGAACAAUUGAAGAAAAGUCACAUCGCGUUGCUGAAGAGAAAAGAGAAAAUUAAUGAAAAGCAGGAACAAGUAAUCGAAAACUACAUUUUCCGUGCAAAAGUCGCUCUCGAAGAAGUUUUCAACGUGUGGCCUUAUCGCAAAACCGACGGAUAUCACAACGUUUGGCUCUGCAAACCGACUUACAUGGGCGAAGGUUAUGGCAUUGUCAUCACAGACAACGAUCAAAUGGUCUUAGAUGUCGUCAACCUGAAGAAACACAACAAAUACAUCAUCCAAAAGUACGUGGAACGCCCAAUGCUCAUUUACGGACACAAAUUCGACAUUCGCCAGUACUUCAUUGUGCAAAUUGACGAAGAUUUCGUGCGAGUUUGGUCUCAUCCGUUGUGUUCGAUCAAAUUCGCAUCGCAAGAAUAUACCUUGAGAAACUUCCAUGAGUCGAUUCACGUGACAAAUACUGCCGUGCAACUCAAAUACAAGAACAGAAGCGGCGAAAAACGUCUUCCGGAUGAUCAUUUGUGGACUCUUUACGAUUUCAUGAGUUACUUGAACAGCAUCAACGAGAGAUAUUUGUGGAAAGGCACGAUGUACCGGCAAAUGAAGGAAUUUAUUGUGGAAGUUGUGAAAGGCACGUUGAGCGAAAUUGAAAUGCGUCCCGGGAGAUUUGAACUUUUUGGCAUCGAUUGGCUCAUUGCCGAAGAUUACACGCCAAUUUUGCUGGAAAUUAAUAGACCGCCAUCGUUGGAGUACUACAGUCCUGUUUCGGGAAUCGUUUGUGGCACGAUAAUGGAAGAUCUGAUAAAAGUGACUGUUGAUUUUGUGAGAAAUAGUGAUGCAUCGACGGGAGACUUUGAAUUGAUCUAUAAGACUGAAAAUCCAAACUCAGAUAUGUAUUAGAGCUUAAAAAAAAAAUUGCGAU